AGAGAGAUAUGUUGUAGGCUGUUCCGCUUCUUGCAGAUGAAAAUGCAUUUACAAAAUCCAGCAGCUUGUAACACGACCCAGCGCCCCUCAGAGGCAGAGCUCAGACAUAAACCGUAGGCUACCGCCAGUGGCCAACAGUAGAAUAACAGAGACUGGAGCAGCAGACUGAGACUGACUGUAACUGAUAGGUUGCACCGCAACCUAAAACGCAGCUGAUAUAGGAGGAAGCAAGGCUAACACGCGGCGUUCUGUAGCCCGGUAUACAGCAGGCUACAUGGGAAUGAUUUGAUCGAGGGGAUGCGGCAUCGCCAGCUACAAUACUGUCAUAAUGAGCGGACAGCGGGUUUGGACCAUACUGAUACAAAGGAUUCUUUUAUUAGUGGACCUUCGUCUGAAGAUGUUUUUUUAAACGAUGCGGGGAGACUCACGUCAGUGUCUGCAUCAAGUCUAGCGGCCCUUUCAGCCUUAUUUUAAGGAUUCAUAUCGUAGGAAACCCCGUUGAAUACUGGCCUCAUCUGGAGGUCAUGGACAGCUUACUGAUAUACUGUUGUAUUGCCACUUGCAUCGGGGAAAAAACUGGAUUAUUACCAUUUUGAAUUAGGAAAAUUUACGCUGGAGUUUCUCAAAUUUUAAUGAAAUGAUGAACUCGUUACUUUUUUCCGAGACUGCGCCAGCCGGGUUUGCCGUUGUUCCCGUUAGCGGAGCCUCAACCACCGGUUCGGGUGCGGUGCACAGUGCUCUGCGGAACGAUUUGGGCUCCAACAUUCAUGUCUUGAAGACCCUGAACCUCCGAUUCCGUUGUUUCUUGGCAAAAGUCCAUGAAUUGGAACGGAGAAACAAAUUAUUAGAAAGCCAACUACAUCAAGCCUUGGAGCAAAAGCGUUACAAAUCCCUCUAUGCGCGUGAAACAGCGGUCCAAACCGACAUUACUUCUGAAUCGCUGAUACCUAGACCGCCCAAUCACGCCCGGCUACCUGGUACCAUCUGGAGUUUCACUCAUGUGAGAAGACAAGGGGAGGGGUUCGAAACGUUUCAGGGCCCCGGUGUUAGUUGGACUCACCCGGACGGUGUUGGGGUUCAAAUCGAUACCAUCACACCUGAAAUAAGAGCGCUUUAUAAUGUAUUGGCCAAAGUCAAGCGAGAAAGAGACGAAUACAAGAGAGAAUGGGAGGAGGAGCUGUCCAGGAGGCAGCAGAUGGAGGCGAUGGUGGAGGCCCUGCAGGAGAGUGCCCAGGAGUCUGAGAUCAUCCAGGAGGAGCUGAAUGAGAAGGUAGACAGGCUGAAGGCUGAGCUGGUGGUCUUCAAGAGUCUUAUGAGUGACCAAAUGUCAGACCUGGACACACAGAUUCAGGAGAAGGCCAUGAAGGUGGACAUGGACAUCUGCCGGCGGAUUGACAUCACGGCCAAGCUCUGCGACGUGGCCCAGCAGCGCAACUCCGAGGACAUGUCCAAGAUGUUCCAAGUCAGCCCGUCCAGAGCCCCACUAGACAGAGGGGCAGUGUCACGUAGGAGGAAGGAACGUAAGGCAGUGUCAGAUGAAGAGAGCUCAGAGAUGGAUGCGGACCCCAGCACCUCUGAGGAAGAAGUGACCGGAUCCCUCAACAUCACAGAUGAGAUGAAGCGCAUGCUUAACCACCUGAGGGAGACCUUUGACAUUGACGAUGACUGCGACAGUCUGACCUGGGAGGAGAAUGAGGACACCCUGCUGCUGUGGGAGGACUUCACCAACUUCAACACCCCCUCGGCCAUCUGUGCAGCUGCCUGCGCAGUUGACUGCCACGGGGAUGGACUGGAGCCGGUUUCUCAGGAUGGCAGCUUGGGCAGCCUGAUCGAUGAGACGGAGUCUCUUUUCAAGACCAGAGACCAGGAGUACCAGGAGACCAUCGGGCUGAUCGAGCUGGAGUUGGCCACAGCGAAGAGUGACAUGAACCGACACCUGCAGGAGUACAUGGAGAUCUGCAGCAUGAAGAGGGGGCUGGAUGUGCAGAUGGAGACCUGCAGGAGGAUGAUAAAGGGAGGCAGAAACUCUCCGUCCUUCAGUUCAGUGGCGAGCAGUGACUCGGCAAACACUGACGAGAUCCAGGACGAGCUAGAGAAAGACGGGGACACCGAGGGUCCAAUCAGCUGAUGGCCGCGUCCGUCCCGCUCCACGUACCCACCAGCCAACUCCCAGCUCACAUUACAAGGGACACAGAGUUCACCUCCGCACACUGACCAGCAGGCCACUCCCACAUCCCGACGACUGGUGCUCAACAUCCCCCCUCCUACAGAAACGGUGGUGGGUUUAUGACGUUAAAACAGGGAAAACCACAAAGAGUCUUCUGCACUGUCAGAACCUGUCUCCAUAACGCUCCUCACCAGCUUUAAUUAUCAGGAAAUUACAGUGUUUCACCAUCGGCUGGGUCAGGCCACUCUUUACCACAGAGUCCUGCCUCUUCCCGAGGACCCUCUUCAGGGGAUUCCCUAGGCUGUCUGCUCACACUUUGGGCCCUUGACUGAAUGACAAUUGUUGUGCAGGCAGAGAAAGUUGUGGGGAUUCAGGUGUUCAUACAAAAAUGGUAAAAGUGAAAUUACUGCAUUCACAAGAAAGCCCUAAAUGAAUACCAGAAUUUCAGAGGCCAGAUCCCUGACCAAAAAGUGUCAAAAUAAAGUCUUGUGUGUUGCAUUUAUUUCUCAGAGGAGAAUGAUUCAAAGGAUUGUAAAUUGAGACUAAGUGAAUGUCUGAAAUGUCCUAGACAUCAGAGCGGAGAGCAGAAUCCCUCAGUACCUGCAACACUGACCAGAAUACCAGAUCACUGCUCGUAAUAUCCUCCACCAAAUCCCGACCCCUACAAUUCACCCAUUUGUAUAGUGUAAAAAUCCUCAACAGGGCCUCCAUAACUCUUCGCUUCCAGUUUGCUCUGCUCAGGUAUUACUUGUCUACCUUUCAGCUGCACUGAUCCGUAUUCCAGUUGUCACAAUUAUGUUAACAUCAUUUUUCAGAGUGGGAAUAGUACAGUUCAUCCUUAGAUCAGAAUGCUUCAGUGCGUUCUUUUUGCAAGAGAAAUUAAAGGUUUACUUACCUAAAAAAACAGCAUAAGGAAUUUAGUUCUGUACCAAGGCAAGUUAUCCUAAAGGACAGAACAGACAUGUUUGAGGAAAAAGUACAGUUAUUCAUAUUACGGCUGUCCAUGCUGUACUCUGUUAGCCACAAGGCUAAGGGAAAGAGUACAAAACCACGUGCCUCCUUAUUGAUAUGGCGUGAAUGUAUGUGGACUGCCUUACUACCCUGUAAUUUUUUGGCAUUUUGUGAUUUAAUGCUCAUUUAUUAUGCUGCAAAUUGAUCUGCAAAAAAUGUAGCCUUAAAUAUUUUUUACUUAGGAAUUUGUUUAUUUGAGACAAUUUCAGUUCAUCCUUAUAUUUCAACGAAUGUCCAGUAUUUUAUAUUGAACAGUCAUUGUCACAAAGUGAAUUUUUUGCAGUGAUGUAUGUGUCCAGGUGAGGGCGCUAUGACACAAGUAACACACUAAUACUUUAGACACCAGCUUGGCCAGUCCAGUAUUUCUCUUAUUUUUCUCAGACAUGUUGUUAUAUGACCACCUAGAUGAUUUAUAGUUCAGUUUAGUUAUAGAUUAGUUAUAGUUAUAUAGUAGGCUUCGUUUUUAGGUUAAAGCAUUAAUCAGUCACCCAAUCCAUGAACUUGCAUCACAGACUAGACCAACGUUGCCUUCUCUUACUACCUAGUGUUUCUUCUUGGUCAGAAAAACAGUCUGCUGUUCCCUCUCAUUUAUUUAUCUCUAUUCUGUUUUGAUCAACAAAAGAAGCUGUUGUCUGUAUAUGAGGUUUGUUGUCUGUUGAUCAAACCUCAGUGGCCUUUUCAAAUACGUUCUGUGUAAUUUAUGAAUCUUGUUGUACAUAAUCAUACUGUUCUAGUCACAUAUUUAUGUGUUUUUGAGAGCUCUGUUUUUAAUUUUAAGCAUCUGUUUAGACAAAUUACCCAGCCUGCAAAGUCAUGAUGUGAUGUGGAGGGGAGAAUAUAAGGCCACAAGUAGGGCUUAAAUGCUUAUUUUAAAAAUGUAAUUUUGCUGUAUCUGCCAGAUUUUAACUGUUUUGUGGGGGCUACAUUCAUCCAAGGGGAGAGAAACAAUACUAAUAGUGGAGGGAGACAUUACAGUCUGUAAUCCAGAUGGUUAGUUAAUGCAUGAUCAAAUGAUUGAUGAACCUUUUAAUUUAAAGUGAAAUAGCAGCCAUUUUACUAUUCAGAUUGUAAAGAAAAGAUGAGAGUGCUUCAAAAAUAAUAGUCAAUAGAAUUGCGCACUGUGAUGCAAGUAUUUUCACAUAGGGACAAAAUAAACUGGCCUGGAAAGGGAAUCACUGAUAGUCAAAAGGGUUUGAGAGAUAAAUAACUGUUCUUAGACCUCUUGCUGAUAAAAAAAGAGAAAAGUGAAGCCUGGGUCAGUCUCCCUAACUGAUCCUCCUGUUGUGGUUCCAGACUGAAACAGGCGUUACAGGGGCGAGAGGCCAGGACCCCACAGAGAAUAAUGCCUCAUUAUCUCCGGUGUGUUUACACUGCAGCUCUGAAUGGGUCCUUCUCACAGCAUGUCGUAAAAGGGUUUGUUUUCGUUUGGCUAAAUGCCUUAAGAGGUUUAUUGCACUCAUUGGAAUGAAACUCUUGCGGAAUGGCCUAGCAGCUAAUUACUAACCCAGAAAUGAUCAUUGGUUGCAUCUGAAGCACUCAACUCCUGUAUUUAUCAGUAUUUCUUUGUCUGGUUUGUUUAUUCUUCAGUGUUCAUAGAUUGUGGGGGACAGAGCCAUCUCUACUUCAGCUAAUUCCCCCACAAGUGUUUGAGUAAUGUUCCCAUGCCAACCGAGUCUCUGUUUAGUGUGAUAGUCUACACUAGCCGGCAUUUCAGGGUAGUAAAUUUUAAAUUCUGUAAAGAAUUUUCACUCAGACUUCACAAAUGUAAAAAGCCUCACACUCUUAGCUGUGUGGCCACUGUAUGCUGUAAGCACAAUGGCCAAAUCAGCUGCAAAAAGGGCCUCAGUGGACAAUCUCUACAAUGCAUCAGACUGAUAAGAGGACUUCAUAUCCUUGAACAAGAUGAUGAAACACAUUUGGAAUUACAAUUUUCCAGACUUUUGUUAAUAAACACUCCAUCCCUUUUGUAUUUUACUGAACUUUUAGCCUCCUUAAGCAGCUUCAAAUGUGAGCUUGUUGAAAAGCAUGAGGGGACACUCCCUGACAAGCUGAGAACUGCACACGUUAUAAUCAAACAGAUGCAUUUUACUUUAACAACAAUAUUUUCCAAGUGAUGGCCAAAUUACCUAUAAGAGGCUCAAUGCAGAGUGGAAAGAAAACCACACAGUGGUUUAUUCUUACUUUGUAGAAAUGCUAUUCAGUUCUGACCCAGCAGGGCUGCUCACCAGGGGGUUUUUCAGCUGCUUUUAAGUCACUGGUACACUCAGAACUGAAAAGGCAAAUAAAUUUGCUGAGUCCAGGUAUACAGUGCAUGGUUCAAUCAGAUGGUUAAAUGGCAAAAUGUGGUAAAAGGCUGAAAGUAAUGCAAUCCUCCAGGGUCAGGACUGAGUAGCUAUGAAGAUGCUGUGGGAGUCGAAAAUUAUGGAUGGGAACCACUGUUUAAGCUUGAGUAUUAUCAGAGAAGACUCUCUUGCUGUCAUCUUGGCAAAGGGAGGGUAUAUAGAGUGGGUGCCAAUAAUUGUGACGUGUAUUUUUCAGAAUACAAUUUUGCAUUUCUCUGAUCAAUGAUAUUACAAUAAGAUAAAAAUGUUUCUUACUGAUGAGCAUAGAAAUAAUUUGAUAAACAAAGUUAAUUUGAUCUGGCAUUUUUGCUAAUAUUAAUAGAGGCUAAUAUUAAAAGACCAAUGUACCUAGUUAGCCUUUUUUGGCUUACUGUGUAUCCUGUUCUGUUAACAAAUUUACCAAAGUACUGUCACAAUUAUCAUCAUUUCCAUUAGCCAUUACCAAGUAGCACUAAAUGUGUAUGUGUGUGUGUAGGUAGCACUUCACAAUAAGUGUCUAUUAAUAACUAAUAUUAUUUAAUGCCUUAAUUAUCAUGAAUAUGUCAUUAACUACUGCAUGAACAGAGGGUGAUUAACAUUAACUAAAGAAUUAUCAAGUGUACUUAUUAAUAAUGUUUCUUUCCUCUAUUUUAUUUUUAUUUAUUUUUAUUUAACCAGGAAAACCCAUUCUUUCCUCUAUCUGUCUAUGCUGAACAUUUAGGGUGCAAAUACUCACGUUAACAAUCUGUAACUAAUCAAUAAGUGUUAAUGUGAGUUUUUGUACCCUGAAUGUUCAGCAUGGUAAGAUAAGAGGAAUAGCACUAAUAAAUACAGUUAAUAAUUCCUUUUUUAACAUCAGUCAUGCUCUCUUCAUGCAGUAGUAAAUGGCUUAUUGAUAAUAACUAAGACAUUAAAUAAUUAAUUGCAAGUGUGUGUCAGAGAGAGAGCGAGAGAAAGUGCAUGUAGUCAGAACAACUUUUGCUCCCACAUCUAUGACUAUUUGAAUAUUGAACUGUUGAUGACACCAAUGGAGGUGUCACUUCAACAGGUUAUCAGGUCAUAUCUGAACCAUCUCUCUGGACCUCCUGCUAACCAAACAAAUGACUAGUCUCACUGUGAAUGUGGUUGCAAAAAGGCAGAAAGAGCAGAGGAAGUCUUGGUCAGCUGCAGGUGUUGUUUGUUUUGGAUACAUUAACGUCAUUGCCGUUACACUUUUGUUUUAUCAUUUUCCGCAAUGCACAUCAGCCUACCACAUUCUCUGUAGUCCUUUUUCUUUUCUUUUGUAUCAUUGUAUGCAGUACAGUGCACUAUACACUCUACAGCUGUUUCCCUAUGAAAUCAGUUUAAACGGUAGCAUUUGUUA